ACACGUCCGCCACACAGUGCAGAGUGGCCCCCCAAACCGGUUUUGUCUCUUUGUUUUCAAUGCAAUUGUAGUCCCACGAAAUAAAGACGUGUUCAAGUGCAGUCUACUUUGAUCGAAUCUUCAGCACAACAAAUCAUCAAAAAUGCGCCCUAAAUUGACGCUGCAACAGCUGAAUGCGCUCUCGCCCGGAGAGUUUCACAAAACGUUCGAAAACGUGAUAGAAUGCUGGCCGGAAGCUGCCAUAUUCUGCUCGGCCCUGUUGCCCUUCAAAAGCUUCGCCACCAUGAUCGCUGCCUUCCAAAGCUACCUGGAGCGCUUGCCGGCCGAGACGAAGCUGAAAAUACUGCGCCUCUAUCCCGAUCUGGCCGGGAAAAUGCUGGACACAAACCAACUGUCGGAAGAUUCAACAAACGAGCAUGCAUCGGUGGGGCUGGAUAACUUGUCGCCGGAGGACAAAAAGAAGCUAACGGAUCUGAACGAAAGUUACAAGGCAAAGUUUGGAUUUCCCUUCGUGGUUUGUGUUCGGGAAGCGUCCAAGUUUGAAGUGAUACUUCGCAGCGUAUCGGAAAGAAUCCAUCACACCGUUGAGCAGGAGCUGGAAAUUGCAUUGGAGGAGGUGAAAAAAAUUUGCCGCCUACGAAUCUUGCAGUUGGUUGACAAUCUGUGAAACUGGUUAGAAUAUCGUGCUAAAUGUUGCUGAAAAUGGUGUUACUUUCAUUUUAAUAAAAUUUUCUAAAAGGCUGUUUUCUCCCCUUUGAAGCUAA